CAGAUCAAAUCACUCUGUCCGGAGCUCCUGCACCGUAGUCAUCAUCACCAUGGCUAGGGAAGAAGAGCUCAAGAGAGUUGAUUUGAAGGUGAACGUGAGCUGCUGCGAGGGGUGCAGGAGGAAGGUGAUGAAAGCGAUUAGCCUGAAAGGCGUGCUGAGGACGGAGAUCAACCCGUCGCUCGACAAGGUGACCGUCGUCGGCGACGUGGAUAGUAGGGUCCUCGUCAAGAAGCUUUCGAAGGUCGGCAAGAUCGCCGAGGUGAUGGCAUCGGCGCCGGCGCCACAGGCGGUGGCUUCCGAAGAAGGCAAGAAGAGCGACGCAAGCGGCGGCGGCGGCAAUGGGGGCGACAAGCCGGCCGCGCCGGCAGACGAGAAGAGCGCGCGCAAGGACGAAGGCAAGGACGGAAAAGGCGACAAGAAGGCGGCGGCGGCGGCAGCGUGCAAGCAGGAGUGCAGCAAGUGCACGGCGGCGAAGGAAGCCACCGCACGGGCCGCCGACGAGGGUGACCGCGCCGGAGGGAAGGCGCCGGCCAAGGACGGUGCCCCCAAGAACAGCGACGGCGACAAAUCCUCUGCCCCCGACCACGCGGCGUCACCGGCGGCGGCGGCGGCGGUGGUGGACUACCAGUACCACCACCACUACAGCCGCCCGGAGCCCGCCAUGGUGGUCCCGGUGCACCUCCCGUACUACGCCGCCGCGAGCGCGACGCCGUACUACGCCGGAGGCUACUACCCGCCGAUGCCGAUGCCGACGUUCCGGCUCCACCCUCCCCAGCUCCGGCCGCAGCCGUCCCGCUUCGACGAGGACUUCUUCAGCGAGGACAACACGGUCGGCUGCCACGUCAUGUGAAACGAAACGCGCGGCAACGCACGGCCGCACACAGCCUUUUCUACCCUCCUCCUCCCGCCAUGUACAACCGAUCACCAACCAAAAAAACAAAACAAAAAUCAAGAACCACCAUUCGUUUCUUCAAUUGAAUUCGCGAGCUAAUCAACCAGAAAAACACAACAAAAACAGCCAUUGAUUCCGCCACUCUCUCUCGCGUCACGUAAAGAAAAGAAAAGAAAAGCAGAGAAUCGCGAGAGGCGAUCAACGACGGAAGAGAAAGGAGGGAGGGCGUCGCCAUCAACCAACCAACCAACGAACCAACGAGAAAGCCAUCGAUCUGUUGCACGAUUCGGUCACUGCUGCCGGGCGACCCGCCCGGGCUGCUUCUCCACUGUGCCCCGAUUCCCGCACGCGCGAGGCCGAGGACGA